AUGGCUUUUGUUAGUAUAGAAUCCAAUGAAAAUUUGGCUGUAGUUGAUGGAACAUUGAAACAUUUGUCAAGAAAUAAGAGAUAUUUGGUAUGGAAAGAGGGAGUGAAUUGGGUAGCGAUGAUUUUUGGUAUAGGCAUUCCUUUCGAAGUAGGACCAAAUAGCGUCACAUUAGGUUUAUUCGUUAAAUCCUAUUAUCAAUUGCCAAACAACAGUAGCUAUUACACACAUCCACAAUUGGAUUUUGAAAGAAAAAAGCGCUCAAUGUCUAGAUGGACGAUGUAUCAAUUGAUUGAACAUUACAUGAAAAGUAACCACUAUAUGGAUGGAAAAGCUUGUUUGCUAAAAUCGAUUUGUGAAAUUGCUGCCAUUGGGUUGGAAGAACGUUCUGGUCUUUUGGCUGAAAUUGUCCAUACUAUUCUCACUUUGGAACAUUUUCACAGUUCUACAGUGAAAGACAUUAGCCAUAUUUUGUCAAGAGAAAAACGAUAUCUAGUAUGGAAACCAGGGGUCAAUUGGGCAUCAGUUAUAUUUGGUAUUGGUAUACCAGUAGAUAAUAUCGAACCUGCAGCUGCUACAAUAGGAAUGACCAUGAAGGCUUAUUAUCAGUUGCCGAAUAACAGUAGCUACUAUACACGUCCUGAGAUUGAUUUUGAGAGAAAAAGAAAGAAAAGGUCUGUUUCACGGUGGACGAUUUACAAAUUUUUGGAAUAUCAUUUCGAUAGGAAUAACUAUCCUGAUGGUAAAGCCUGUCUAUUAAAAUCCAUAUGUGAAGUUUCCUCAAUCCAACUUGAAAAAAGGUCCGGUUUAUUAAGCGAAAUAGUCCAUAGCAUUCUCACGAUUAAUUACUCGUUCCGGUCAGAGUUCAACUUAAUCAAAAUUAACUUUAGACAAGUUGCUUGUAUUGUUGACGAAGUCCUGUUCGCUUGCGAAAUCAGCUUUGCAAUUCCUUCAUCUACAAAAGACGACAUAGAAGACCACUCUAACAAUGAAUAUCAUGCUGCCGAAAAGUUAGGGAGAGAUUUUGGUGCAUGUGAUCGACUUUAUCCUGAAUGUCCUAUUGAUCCCAUUAGGCAAUUUUCUAGGUUUAUGAAUGUUUUAAUUUAA